AUGGCUGACCCUUCCUGCUCGGCUCGUCUGAUCUACCGCGCGAUAGAGCCAGACGAAGAUGAAGAUUUCUUCCUGGCCAUCCAACAAGACCAACUCGGCUAUCGCAAUAGCAAUCUCUCGAUCAGCAUACCGCAAGGGAGAGCAUCGGCCAAAGGCUACAUCAAGCGGGUGACGGAAAACUCCAUGCUCGGUGUAGUGAUCUGUCUCGCAGCAGCAGAAACCGUGGACGACGAGACUAGAGCAAACUCCGCUACCCCUGCCAAGCCGACUCCUAUUGGGUGUAUCCAUCUAGACGGCUGUCGACCUAACAUAGCUCACCAUCGCUUUUCCGACAUUGGUAUUCACAUCUUGCCCGCCUACCAAGGUAAAGGGUAUGGUAGUGAGGCUAUUGAGUGGAUUCUGGAAUGGGCCUUUGUAACAGCUGGACUGCAUCGGGUCAGUAUCCAGGCUUUCGAGUACAACAACGGAGCGAUGAGGCUCUACCAACGUUUGGGUUUUAAGUUCGAAGGGGCUCAUAAGGAGAUGGUCUGGGCUCAAGGGCGGUGGUGGGAUGAUAUUCAUUAUGGCAUGCUAGAGAAUGACUGGCGAGAGCUGCAUGCGCAGAAGAAAAGCAGUGAGACGAAUGUGCCGGCAUGA